UAAACCUUAAUGGUGGAGGUUGUAAGCGUAAUCACAUCUAUGAAUGUAAUGACGGCAGUUCCCAAAUUUGCGAUUAUGGUCCUUGUACUAAUGAUUGCAGUGUAAAUGUUCUUGUGACUAAUGAGUUCUGCUGCCCGGAUAAAGAAUGCAAAAAUUGUAAAGGCCAA